CCAUUUUACAACCCCAACUGUGAACUAUGGAGUGCCCUGAGGCGCAGCUCCCCGAUUCCUCAGAAAAUGAUUCAACACUGACAGUUUCCACAGCAGAAGUAACCAGCAACCAAGAACCCCAGAUUCCUGGUGACCGUGGGGCUGAAACCGCCUGUGACAGCAGCACCGAAGUUGCCGGCGAGCAAGGCACCCGAAUUCCUGGCGACCAUGGCGUUCAUACUGAUGCCGACAGCAGUGCCCAAGCUGCUGCCCAAACUCCAGGAAACUUAGUAGAAAGGAAAGACCUGAGUGAAAGACAGAAUGAACUUCCUUAUGAACUUGAGAACCAGUUUAUCUUACGUCUGCCUAUGGAACAUGCUUGUACUGUGAGGAACUUAAUGCAUUCUGGAAGUGUCAUCUCGAAGGAUAAACUAAAAAUUGACUUAUCUUCUGAUGGGCGGAAUGCACUUGUUGAGGUAGAAGAUGUCUCACUAGCUGCUAAGCUAGUUGAUUUGCCUUGUGUUAUCGGAAGCCUGAAAACUCAUGAUAAAAAAACCUUUUAUAAAACAGCAGAUAUUUCCCAGAUGCUUGUGUGUGAGGCUGAUCAUGAUAUCCACUCUUCUCCAGAAGAACCAGUUACCUCUACUGAUCUUAAAGCAAUCAGUAAAGAUGAAAAGGAGAAACAGAAGAAAUAUGUCUGGAAGCAUGGCAUUACUCCACCACUUAAGAAUGUCAGAAAGAAAAGAUUCCGGAAAACAACAAAAAAGCCCAUUGAUUUCAAACAAAUCGAAGAAAUCAGCUUUACUGAGGAAGAGGGCAUUUCUACAAAACACAAAGUGUUAAUUGACAGUAUUGGUAUCCCCUCCCCCACUUUGCUUCAGUACACUGACUCUCCAGAUGUGGAAAAGGAACUAAAGAGACUGCUAUGUUCGGAUGCUGAAGCUGUCUGUGCACGAUGGGAAGUCAUUAAUGAAGAUGAUACCAAGGAAAUAGAAAGUCAAGGUUCUAUUCCAGGCUUUCAGAUAUCCCCAGGAAUGAGUGGCUACAAGAGAGGUCACAUCUCAGAAUAUGAUAUGCUCCGUGAGAUGUUCAGUGGUUCUAGUAGUAACAGUGAUGAUGAUGAUGAUGAUGAUGAUGAUGAUGAUGAUGAUGAUAAUGAUGACGAUGACGAGGAGGAUGAGGAUGACGAUGAUGAUGACGAUGACGAUGAUGAAGAGGAAGAUGAUUAUGAAGAUGAGGAUGAAGAGGACUCUGAAGAAGAUCUGGAGAGGGAGCUACAGGCCAAGUUUAUGGAAUCUGGCCAGUAUGAGGCAAAGGAGGGUGCCACUUCAGUAGUCUCUGAAAUUCAGAAGCAGAUUCAUUACAUAGAGAAAAAGCUCCAUGGGAUCCAGAGAAAAGCACAAAGACAGAAGCAUCUCAUCAUGAAAGUGGAGAACCUGAUGCUCAAGAGUCAUUUACAGUCUGUGCUGGAGCAACUUAAGUUGGAGGAAAAUCAAAAAAUUGAGCAGCUUGUUUCCCUACAGCAACAAUUGAAAUAUUUUCUAGAGAAGUGAGGAGAGCCUUAAGCCUGGCACACAAAUGUUGGAUUCUCUAUCCAGACUGAAGAGUGGAUGAAAUUGUGCAUAUUUCUGUCCCUUCAUUUGCCUUAUGUCAAAUCAAUUGUAGUUGUUUCUCUAAUUCUUUUGCUAGUUAUAAUAUGUUUGAAGUUUGUAGUUGAGUAGAAAAGGACAAUAUAAAGAAAGUAGUAGACUUAAAGACUCCACACAAUUGUGGGAUUUUCUCUUUAUUAAUUUGAGAAUUAUUAUUAUUAUUCUUUUAGAGCUAGAGUCUCACUGUGUUUCCCAAGCUG